AUGGCAACGCCAGGUAGUCGCUCGGAGCCGUCGCAGCUCGCCGAGUACAGCUGCAGCUACGUGGUGUCGCGGCCGGUGUACAGCGAGCUCACCUUUCAGCAGCAGCGAGAGCGGCGCCUGCAGGAGCGCAGGACGCUGCGGGACAGCCUGGCGCGGAGCUGCAGUUGCUCCAGAAAGAGAGCCUUUGGUGUGCUGAAGACUCUCCUGCCCAUUCUGGACUGGCUCCCCAAAUACCGCGUCAAGGAAUGGUUGCUCAGUGAUGUCAUCUCUGGAGUCAGCACUGGACUAGUGGCGACCCUGCAAGGGAUGGCUUAUGCCCUGCUAGCAGCAGUUCCUGUUGAAUAUGGUCUCUACUCUGCCUUUUUCCCUAUCCUGACGUAUUUUGUCUUUGGGACAUCAAGACACAUCUCAGUUGGCCCUUUCCCCGUGGUCAGUUUGAUGGUGGGAUCUGUUGUUCUGAGCAUGGCUCCCGAUGACCACUUUCUUGUGCCCAGUGGUAACGGAAGUGCAUCAAACACGACCACGUUAGAUACUGGAACCAGAGAUGCGGCAAGAGUACUGAUUGCAAGCACCCUCACUCUUCUGGUUGGAAUCAUACAGCUGGUAUUUGGAGGUUUGCAGAUUGGAUUCAUAGUGAGGUACUUGGCAGACCCUUUGGUUGGUGGAUUCACGACAGCUGCCGCCUUCCAAGUGCUGGUGUCACAGCUAAAGAUCGUGCUCAAUGUUUCAACCAAAAACUACAACGGCAUCCUCUCCAUUAUUUAUACACUAAUUGAGAUUUUUCAAAAUAUCGGUGACACCAAUAUUGCGGAUUUCAUUGCUGGGUUACUUACCAUCAUCAUCUGUAUGGCUGUCAAGGAAUUAAAUGACCGAUUUAAACACAAAAUCCCAGUUCCUAUUCCUAUAGAAGUGAUUGUGACAGUAAUUGCCACUGCCAUUUCCUAUGGGGCCGACUUGGAAAAAAACUACAAUGCUGGCAUUGUUAAGUCCAUCCCAAGUGGGUUCUUGCCUCCUGCACUUCCGUCUGUGGGCCUGUUUUCCGACAUGCUGGCUGCAUCCUUUUCCAUUGCUGUGGUGGCUUAUGCUAUUGCAGUGUCUGUAGGAAAAGUCUAUGGCACCAAGUAUGAUUAUCUCAUCGACGGAAACCAGGAAUUUGUUGCCUUUGGGAUAAGCAAUGUCUUCUCAGGAUUCUUCUCCUGUUUUGUGGCCACCACUGCUCUGUCUCGAACGGCUGUCCAGGAGAGCACUGGAGGAAAGACACAGGUUGCUGGCAUCAUCUCAGCUAUGAUUGUAAUGAUCGCCAUUGUUGCCCUGGGGAAGCUUCUGGAACCCUUGCAGAAGUCCGUCUUGGCAGCUGUCGUCAUUGCUAACCUGAAAGGGAUGUUCAUGCAGGUGUGUGACGUCCCUUGUCUGUGGAGGCAGAAUAAGACUGAUGCUGUUAUCUGGGUGUUUACAUGCGUAAUGUCCAUCAUUCUGGGACUGGACCUGGGUUUGUUAGCUGGCCUUUUAUUUGGACUACUGACUGUGGUCCUGAGAGUUCAGUUCCCAUCAUGGAACGGCCUUGGAAGUGUCCCCAGCACAGACAUCUAUAAAAGUGUCACACAUUACAAAAACCUUGAAGAGCCCGAAGGAGUGAAGAUCCUGAGAUUUUCUAGCCCCAUCUUUUAUGGCAAUGUCGAUGGUUUUAAAAAAUGUGUCAAGUCCACAGUUGGAUUUGAUGCCAUUCGAGUUUAUAAUAAGAGGCUGAAAGCCCUGAGGAGAAUCCAGAAACUCAUCAAAAAGGGACAGCUAAGGGCAACAAAGAACGGGAUCAUAAGUGAUGCUGGCUUAUCAAAUAAUGCUUUUGAACCUGACGAGGAUGUUGAAGAGACAGAGGAACUUGAUAUCCCAACCAAAGAAAUUGAGAUUCAAGUGGACUGGAAUUCUGAACUCCCAGUUAAAGUGAAUGUUCCCAAAGUGCCGAUCCAUAGUCUGGUGCUGGACUGUGGAGCCGUAUCCUUCUUGGAUGUGGUAGGAGUGAAGUCACUGCGAAUGAUUGUCAAAGAAUUCCAGAGAAUUGAUGUGAAUGUGUACUUUGCUUUGCUUCAAGACGAUGUACUAGAAAAAAUGGAGCAGUGUGGGUUCUUUGAUGACAACAUUAGAAAGGACAGAUUCUUUCUGACGGUUCAUGAUGCUAUACUCUAUCUGCAGAACCAGGUUAAAUCCAGGGAGGUCCAGGAUUCCCUUCUAGAUACGAUCACCCUCAUUCAAGACUGUAAAGAUCCUCUUGAACUGAUGGAAGCAGAGAAGCAUGAGGAAGAACUUGAUGUUCAGGAUGAGGCCAUGCGUAGACUUGCUUUCUGA